AUGCCAUCCCACGGGCACACAAAAGUCCUCGCUCCCCUGCACACCGCCCUCCCCUCCAACCUCAACACCAACACCCUCUUCGACGCCUCCAUCGACGAAUCCCGCUCCCUCGCCGCCGACUGUCUCGCCCCCGCGCGUCGCCACUCCUCCGUGGCCGCACGCCGCGUCAACCACAUCGGGCGUGCGUUCCGUUUCGGCAACAGCAAGAAAGGCGCCGCGAACACCGUGAAGCAACGGACGGUCGUGGACAUCGCCGCGGACAUCUACCGCCAAACCAACGACCUCGCCGCUUCCUACGACUCGUUCACCGUCAACGACGAGAUCGUCCAGGCCGCUGUUCGUGAGACCCGCCUAACCCCCCGCCGCCCGGCCACCCUCCCCACCCCACACCCAACCCCCCUGCACGUGAUGCACGACCUGCACCGCAUCCUGCACUCGGGCCACGCCGCGGACGAGCUGGUCGAGCUCCUCCUGCGCGAGGCCCGCCGGCGGCAGUGGGAGAACGCCGCGAAGGGGAACUUCGGGUCGCUCUCCUUCUGCCUAAAUCAGAAUCAAAAUCAGAACCAGAAUCAGAAUCGAGCCCCACCCACCACCACGCAUGCCUCAAACGCGGCUAAAUUCUCCGACGCGACGACGGCGACGCAGACGCUCAUGCGCGAGAUGUAUGACCGGAUCACGCCGGCGGGGGCUGCGGAUGCCGAGGGGAUGCUGGAUGUGUUGUUGAGGGAGGCUAAGGCGGCUGCGGCGGCUGAGACGGGGCCGUCGGCGGAGGAUAGUGCGAAGGGGAAGAAGAGGGGUGUUGGGGCCAAAUUGUGA